AUGGAGAAUUUACACGCAAUUGAUACCAAGUCGAUCCAUGAAGUAUCCGAUCAUGAAGUCCAAUCCAAUCCAGAGCCACAAGAUGGACUAUGGCUCCGGUUCCUUACGUAUACCAAAUGGUAUCCAAAGGACAUGUCACACCCAGAGAAAAAGCUGGUCCUCAAACUGGAUAUCAUGAUCCUAGUCUUUGGCUGCCUUUCAUUUUUCACCAAAUAUCUUGACCAGCAGGCGAUCACCAACGCCUAUGUAUCAGGCAUGAAAGAAGACCUCAAUCUGCAUGGCAACGAAUUGAACUACAUAACAGCUGUAUUCUGGGCCUCGUAUUGCACCUCCAUGAUACCGGCCUGCUACUGGUUAACGCGCACGCGAAUCAACAUUGCGUUACCGACCCUGGAAAUCGGAUGGGGACUUUUCACAUUUGGCUGUGCUUGGGCGCAGAAUCUGAAUACGAUAUACGCAAUGCGCUUCUUCAUCGGGAUCUGCGAGUCUUGCUCAUUCACCGGCGUCAUCUAUGUUAUCGGUUCGUGGUAUAAGCCCGGCGAGGUGACGCGUCGGGUUGCGCUUUUCUUUGUCGCUUCUCCACUUGGAACUAUGUUCGCGGGCUAUUUGCAAGCUGCUGCGUAUACAAAUUUGGAGGGAAGUCAUGGAUUGCCUGGGUGGAGCGGAUAUAUCAUUUUCCCAGAUGUUCCUCACCGCUCAAGGCCCCGGUUCCUAACAGCGACCGAGCACGAUAUUGCCAACAUUCGUCUGAAAGGUCUAACAGCACCAAGCGAACUAAAAGUCUCCCGGGCCAUCUUCAAGCGAGUCUUCGGACGAUGGCAUUGGUAUGUCUUUGUGAUGCAUUGGACCUUAAUGGACCAGAACUUCACACCAUACUCGACACCCUUUAGCCUAUAUCUCAAGGCUAAACCAGACAUCUACUCCGUCUCACGUGUGAACACCUUGCCGACGAUCGCAACGGCACUGUCCGUCGUAGCCGCGCUAUUAGCGGGCGUUACCGCUGAUCGCCUCCGAAAUUUCUGGAUUCCCUCGGUGGCGACUAGCAUUCCCGUCCUGGUGGGUGUUAUUUUGCUCGUUGUCUAUAAUGUUGGGGAAACGGGGCGACUAGUGGGAUUUAUCCUCACAGGAUUUGAGGGCGCAAUUAGUCCACUCAGUAUGAGUUGGGCGACUAUCACCAUGGCUAAAGAUGCCGAGGAACGCGCUAUCGUCACGGCAAGCAUGAAUGCGAUAGGCCAGGCCAUGGCAGCGUGGACACAGAUCUUUCAGUAUCCGGCUAUUUCUGCCCCAAACUUUCGAACGGGAUUCAUCUCGAACCUGGUCACUACUAUUGCACAAUUCUUGAGUGUUGGCUUGAUCGCCUUUCUGGUGCAGCGGGACGAGCGAAAAGAGCGAUUGUCUUCUAAUGGACUCUUGAGAGGGCAUACAUUUACCAUGGCCCCUCCCAUUGAGCAACCAGAAGUUACUUCUGAGCAAAUCAACGAUGACUCUCAGACUAUCACCCGGUCUCGGUCGUCUUGGUACCGCUCCAUUCCCUUCCAAAUUGCCGUCGCUAGUGGUGUCUCAUUCACCGCCCCUGGAAUGUGGGAUGCACUGAACAACCUCGGAGCAGGUGGUGCAGCCGAGCCCUACGCUGUCUCCGCGGCGAAUGCUCUGGUCUACGGAUUAUUUGCUGUUGUUUGUAUCGCCGCUGGUGCAAUCAACAACCGUAUUGGUCUUCGGUACGGUCUGGUUCUCGGUGCGAUCGGUUACCCGAUCUACGGUGCCGGUUUGUACACUAACAACUACCACCCCACGACAUGGUUUAUGCUCUUCGGCUCCGCGCUGUGUGGUAUCUCCGCUGGAUUUUUCUGGGCUGCCGAGGCCGCUAUCAUCAUUGGUUAUCCCAGUCCCAAGGAGCGCGCUUUCUACAUUGCUAUCUGGCAGACCGCCAAGUCUUCCGGUCCGAUUGUCGGUGGUGCAAUUAGUCUGGGACUGAAUGCACAGAGCUCCCAAAAGGGAACAGUCAGCGCUGGGACUUACAUCGUCUUCAUUGUCAUCAUGUGUCUCGGUCUGCCGAUUUCGCUUCUACUCAGUCCCGCCGAGAAGGUGCAGCGCAAGGACCACUCUCUUGUGGUUGUUGACAAGAAAGAUACUUGGGCCAAGGAAUUCAAGGCUGCCUUUUCUCUGAUCUUCACUCGCCGCGUCCUUCUCCUUCUCCCAGCCUUCUUCAUCAGCUACUUCUACAACGGUUUCCAGAGCACGUGGCUGACCACCUACUUCACCGUCCGGUCUCGCGCAUUCUCAUCGUUCCUCACCAACUUCGCCGGAAUCGCGUCUUCAUUCAUCAUGGCGACGCUGCUUGACCGCCAAUCUAUCUUCAUUAAGACCCGCGCCAGAAUCGCUUUCUGCUCCAUCGUUGCCCUGAUCAUCGGCACGUGGAUUUGGGCUACCAUCCUGCAGAAGCAGUUCUACGACGCACCCGAGCCCCCGGUGUUCGACUGGUUCACAGGCGGCUUCAACAAGGCGUACGCGCUUGUCUUCUUCUGGACCUUUGGUGGCCAAGCCUUCCAGCAAUUCCUCUACUGGCUGGUUGGUCAGUACAGCACGGACAUCUCAUCUUUAUCCUACCACUGCGGAAUCCUGCGUGGAUUCGAGGCUCUGGGACAAACCGUUGCAUGGGCCAUGCAAACCGAAGGUGGUGCCAAUCACUUCGUCAGCAUCGGUCUCAACUUUGGAAUCACCGUUCUCGCCUUCGUCCCCACGUGGAUUGUUCUGUCUGAAUUGGAACACAGCCACGAGGUGCAGGUCACCGCGGAGGAUGUCGCGACCAAGACAGCCGGCGAAUCAACAGCCUGA